AUGGCCACAGCAUCUCCAUCUCAAAACGUCCAGCUUCCCCGCACUCUUCAGCGACCCCCAUAUGCAGAGGUUUCCCGCGAUAACAUCGCCGCACUCGAGCCAGAUCUCGCAGGCGUCCCUCUCGAGUAUGUCAGACGCGGUUUACGCGUGAAAGCAAACCAGAUGCUUGCAGGUAUAUCUGCCCUCUCGCCUUCCCAUCUUCCUUCGACUCUGCCUCGCUCUCAUAUGUCUCAUACCCGAUCACUUACCAUUCCGAUCCGACCUUCUUCCUUACACCCAUCUUCGCCCUCUUCGCCUUCAUUCCCAACUCACAUCCUUGCUCUAACUCCCGCUUCAAAGUCUCAAGCAGCAUACGACGCACCAGCAACCCUCGUCGCGACCCACUCUCUCAUUCUCGCGGCGCACUGUGCUUCUCUUCCUCGUCUGCCCCACUCUACUCCACCUUCUUCUCCUGGAACUGUCAGCAUCACUAUUCCUGUCCUCCCCCUCUCCAUUCCAGCUCCCCAAGCAUUCGCUCCACUACACAGCUUCAUGUACACUCACUCCACCGCUACACUCAUGUCCGCACUCCUCCCUGCCUGCCCUUCCUCCUUCCUGUCCUCUCUCUCUACAUCCAGUGCUUCUGCCCGCGGAACCCUCUCUUCCGGACCCGCUCUGCACACACUCUCCUCCCACCUCCUCUCGCAUGUCCCAGGCGGGCAGCACAAUGCUAUGAGUGCGCUGGCUGGCGUAGCACAACACGUAGCUGCUGUCUGGCGCAAUGCCGUUGCGUUGGGCAUACAUGAUCAUGAGUUGUGGGACUGUUUGGACCUGGCUUGGGAAGUCGUUCUGGGCGCCAUGAACUUGGGCGCCGGUAUUAACUAAGGGAACGGCGAAUGACUGUAGAAAGCGCGGGCGCCAUGCUAUUCUCAUAGACGCUGGUGGGAAAAGGAUUUUACCAUAACAAAAGGACUUUUUGCGCUCGACGCAACAUAUGAACUCACUUGGAUUUGGAUUUGUUUUCGGCUUUUUCUUCUUCUCUCUUUUUUCCUUGCUCUCUGCUCUCUCUGCUUGCUUCAUAACUCUAUCUCUAUCUUAACGACAUUCACAAGAACCUAACUCUCUAACUCAACUCAACGCAUGUAUCCUCUACGUUUCCUUUUUCUCUUUCCUCUUUUCUUCGUUCUGCUUGUUCCCGAACAGACGUCCUCAUACCCACUACCUUAGUCUCGCGAGAUAGUUAAUCUGGAACACCGUGUAUCUACCACCGACAUUGAUCUAUCAAUUCACUUCUGAUUUCAAAUAU